GCUCAACAUCGAUGCCUCAACAGUGCUGUUGCCUACUGAACAUCGCUGUUCAACUUGAAUUUUUCAAAAACAUAUCUGUUUGGCACCUAAUUAAAUGCUCCAACAGCCAUAUUUUUGGAUUUUUGAACGUUGGGAACCUUUUCCCCUAUAUAUUCGGACCCCUUUCCUUCACUUUUACACACACAAACAUCCAAUCUUUCCAUCUCCUUGCAUAUUUCAUCAUCUCUACACUUUUUUUGAGAUCUUUUCAGCAAAAUGGGCAAAGACAAGAGCAGGGUUGGACCCUCCGGGAAAUCAAAGUCCAAAUCCCGGGCUCCUACAACAACCUCCGACGAACGCUUCUACUAUGAAGACGGCUCGUACCUUUGGUUUGAUUCCAAGGAGGAGCGCACCCGAUUUCUCACUUUCUUCUCCAAGCGGGUUGUGGCUCCCCCGCGGAUUCUCCCGGAGCGACUCCCGGAGAUGCUCAGAUAUGACUUCCUCGACGCGCAGCUCCACCAGUCCGGGCUAUGGCCGUUCGUCUCCAAGGCUCGGAAGGAGAUCAACCUGGCGCUGAUUCGGGUUUUCUACUCCAAUCUCCGGCAUGAGGACGACGUCAUCUAUAGCCUUGUCAAGGGGAGAAGAUUGCGUGCUCAACAACGAGGGCCUAGUCCUCAACGAGCUCGACAUCACCAACCUCAUCUGCCACGCCACGGGCCGCCCCACCAUCCACUCCGCGACCCCCCCGAGAGCUGCCUCCUUCUCUACAUUGUGUCCCGCAUCCUCAAACCAAGGAAGCACGGGCACACGAUUAUGUCCGGCGAGGACCUCAAGCUCCUCCAUGCAAUCAUGCAUUCGGCUCCGAUCAAUCGGGCGAAGUUUGUCAUGAUUUACAUGACGGAUGCCACUUGUAUCGCCCACGAUCACCUCCUUCCGUACCCCUUCUUGGUGAUGGACAUCCUUGAACGAUUCAAGGUUACCACCACCGUUGGUCCGCUCACCAAGGCCACAAAGAUUUGGACGAUCAGCGACCAAACAUUCAAGAAGCGGUUAGACAACGCCACUCCUGCCACUUCUGCACGAUGCCGCCCUGCCACUUCUGCACGACGCCGCCCUGCCACUGGCCCAGCCGAACCCCAAGCUCGGUGCAACCUCGCCUCCAUCGCCGACUCCCUCAACCGGCUGAACCUCAAGGUCGGCGGGAUGGGCGGGUACCUUGAACGGCUCGACGAGGCUAUUCAACACCAAGGAUACGCCAUGAACGCGUACUUCCAACGCGUUAGCUACGUCCCCCCACCGUACUAAUGCACGUUUCUUGGGCAAGAGUAUGGUGAUGAGGACGAAGAGGAUGGCUCCUAUGCCCCGUCAAGCUCCCUGGACGAGGAUGAGUUUGACGACGCCAUUGAUGGUGAUGCAAUGGACGUCCACGACGAUGAGGAGGAAACCAAAGACGAAGAGGAAGAAGACAAAGACUAGACCGCACCUAGAUUUUCUAUCUUUUUCUCUUACUUUGUCAUGUUUCUUUAAUUAAUUGCUUCCGUUGUAUUCCGUUUUUUCCAAAUUCAAUAAAUAAAAGCUAUGCUUUAUC